AUGGCUUCGCCGAGCGAGAGCUCGGACUCCUUGCGUUUGCGCGUCAGCAAGCUGGGUGGCGAGGAGCAGGACGUGCAGGUUGAGAGAAGCUGCAGCCUGGAGGAGUUUAAGAGCCUGCUGGCUGGGCGGGGCCUGGUGAAAGAGGGGCUGGCGGUGGAUUUCAUCGUGGAGGGGGUGCUCCUGAACUUGAGUCGCUCUGGUGCAACGAUUGGUGAUCUCAACUUGGCAGAGGAUUCCCAUUUGGUGGUUAUCACUCGGAGAUCCCAUGAUUACAGUCAAAUCCGCGAAGUACAGUGCAUGGUGAAGUCCCACAAUUGGCCCCAGGGUGUGCUGACCACGCCAGAGGGCCAUUUGUACGUCUGCCACUAUUCCGGACAACUUCAGGUUUACGACCUUGAGUUGAAGCUGCUGCGUGAGACAGUCUUGGCAUCUCCAGUGGUGCACCCAAGCCAGAUGGCUAUGGCGCCAAAUGGAGAAUUAGUAAUGGCCUGCUUUGAUGGCUCUGCUGCUGUGGUCGACUCAGGAACGCUCGAGCUGAUAAGGAUGAUUCCCGCCAAGAACCGGAGCCAAAGCACAGGUCUCGCCAUCCAGGGAGAAGAGCUGUUUGUGUCGCACCGGGGCACUGAAGAUGGCACCGAGCAAAUCGAGGUGUUCGAGCUGCAAACCGGGCAAUACCUGCGCAACUUGGAUGGUUUUACCCGGCCUUCCGGCCUCUGCGCUUUCGAUGGUGGCCUUCUCGUGACGGAUCGCGGUGGCGACGUAGUAUGGCUAGUGGACCAUGAGGGCAACCGUACCAAGAUAGGCCAGGGCGAGUUGAGGCACCCCAACGAUGUUGCAGUGGAUCUGUCCGGGAAUAUCUUAGUGAUGGACACAGGCAACGAGCGCAUUGCUGCUUUUCGACCUGAUGGCUCUCUCAUGUGCAGCAUUCUACCUGGAACCUUCACUGACUUUGGCAACACCCAUAGCUACAUCUCGGUUAACCCCGUCAAUGGCACGAUCUCCGUGUCUAUGGACGAUGCACACUAUGUGGCAAUCCUGGCGCCACCGAUACAGAUUGAUUGA